AGACCUGGCGGAACCGACACCUGGCUGGGACUUCGCCUGGGAGAUUUUGGGGUUCCACUGCCCACGGGCGGGGGGCACCUACCUGGACCUCGCCUGUCCGUGGACUUUCAGGGUGCUGGAGCAGGUGGGCCCACACCCCUUGGACCUAAUCCGGAUGCUGGAAGUCCGCCGAAGAACCAAGCGCAGCUCUUUCGCUCCAGUUUGCGCUUCGGCAUUUCUCCGCCCUCCUCCCGGCCAGCGUCUCGUCCCGGUGCUGCGCCGCUUCUGCUCCGGAUCGCGGAUCCCCGGCCCUCCAAUGGGCAGAGGAGGCUGCCUGGGCAGCAGAGGCCCCCCUGGCCGGCCCCCCCUUCUCUCCACCCCCAACCCCGCCUUAUAAGAGGACCUGGCAUCGGCUCCCUCCUGGCCAGAGACUCUAAGGAGCAGCCGGAGGAGUUUGCAAAAAAGAGGGUGGGAGGGGGGUGGGGGGCACCCGAUGGGGCGGAUGGAGCACCCCGCUUGGAGGAGGGCAGAAGGCGAGAGCCUCAAAUACUUCAUAGAGGAUCCGAGCACGGGGACGCUUUACAAGAGAGGGCAGCUUUUGGGGAAGGUAAAUGAUUCUAUGGUUGUUUUGCAAUUUCCUUUCCUUUUCGCUUGCUUUAGGGAUUUUGCAACCUCGGUUAAGAAUUGCAACUCUAAUUUUUUGGUAUUUUUAGAUGACGUUUGCGGGAUUUUCUGCCCUCUUAGCUCGUACACAGGGAUGCGUCGGGUGGAAAUGGGCCUGUUGGAACAGGCGCAGACAGAGACCCCUCACUUUCAAAGCGGUGUGGGGUGGCGGCAGCAAGAAAGUUUCCUCUCUUUGGGGGGGAUUUGCAAGAAUGACGGCUCCCCGUUGGGGGAAACUGAGUCACCAGGUGAAGAGGCGAACCAAGGUCACGCAGGAAGAACUCUUGUGGAGAAUCAGGCGCCCCCUUUUUCUCUCAGGUUUGAGCACAGGAUCCAGGCGUCCGGGUCCUAGAUCUGAUCUGAUCUUAUCUGUUUUCUUUCCUCUGAACCCCUUGGAACGAAACAUGGGGUCCAUUUCACACUUCUCACACACACGCGCGCGCAUUUUCAAUUCACGCAUCUAAAUCUGCAAAACCUAGUUUUUCUUAAACUGUGCAUUGGCUUAUGUUCACAUUUUGGGUUCCUUCGUCUUCCUUCUUCCACUGGUCUCCCCACGCCGAAGGAGUUCAGGGACCAUUUUUUCUAACGGAGUUUGCCCCUUUUGCAACAUAUGAGACAUUGCGCGUCUGUCUUUGCAGCACCCGGAGAUCUGGGUAGAGCCGCGACAAGGCGGCGCUCUCGGUUUUUCCGGAGCUCCGAGUCCGGGACAGGCUAUUUGGGGAACUGCGGGACGGGGUUCAAAGGCACAAAAGGCAACUAUGCCCCUCCAAAUCCACAGCAAGGCAAUUCUGCUGUAAGGAUCAGAUCGGUUUUUCUCCCCAAGCACCCGGCAAGCUUCGGAGUCUCACAGAAUCCUUCAUCAUCCAGCUUUGUUUUGCAAAUACAUGAUGAGAAGUGCAGUGGCUACACGUGCUUAAUCCGGAGUGGGUCGAUGUUUUGCAUUUGGGGAGCCGGGACUCCCGCUCUCCCCCCAGCAAGUCACAACACCCACCCACGCCCCCAGGACUCAGGAGUCCUGCGCGUCUGAGCCCCUUUCCCAGCUUGAGCCCAGAGACAUCCGGAUCGGGGGAUUUCCCACCCGCCCCUUUCUCACUCUGGGUCUGCUCCGCUUUCUCCCGGAUGGGGUCGGGCAUGCCCGGUCUCGCUACAGGUGGGGGAGAAAGACCCGCCCACUCGAGGCGCCAGCCAAUGGGGAGCGGGAGAAGCAGUCUGCUUUGGUUUUUGAGCAGAAGAUGCCCUUUGAUCGGGGCGAAUCCUUACCCGGAGACGCCAGCGGGGCUUGAACCUGGGUCUCCUUCUGCAGACCCAGCAGUUCUGCUGCGGCCAUGCCUCUGGCGCACUUGUUCCACGGGAGGUGGGGAUGUUAAGUCUGGAGAAGAGGAGGCUGAGAGGAGAUAUUUGCCUCAUGGAAGAUGGAGCCAACUGGUUAUCUAAGGAUUGUUAGACAGGACGACCUCGGAAGAAGGUGGAGGACUCUCCUUCCUGGAAGGUUUUAAGCAGAGGUUGGGUGGCCUGGAUGCUUGAGUUGAUAUUCCUGCCUUGUGGGGAAGGGGGUUGGAAAUAAUAAUAAUAAUAAUAAUAAUAAUAAUAAUAAAUUUAUUACUUAUACCCCGUCCAUCUGACCGGGACUCCCCAGCCACUCUGAGCGGCUCCCAACAGAAUAUUAAAAACACGAUAAAACAUCAAACAUUAGAAACUUCCCUAAACCUUCAAAUGUCUUCCAAAAGUCAGACAGUUCUUUGUUUCCUUGACAUCUGACAGGAGGGCAUUCUACAGGGCGGGCGCCACCACCAAUAAGGCCUUCAGCCUGGUUCCCUGUAACCUCACUUCUUGCAGGGAAGGAACCGCCAGAAGGCCCUCGGAGGUGGACCUCAAACUAUGGGUCUGAAUUGAUGGCCUCAGAAUUUUGGGACCUCAGAGGCCAUCCAUCUGAGGCAGCAGGACAAGCCUGGCUUUGGAGCCAGGAAAUGAAUCAUAGAAUUGUAGAGUUAGGAGGGAUCCCGAGGGUCAUCUAGUCCAACCCCCUGCAAUACAGGAUUUGCAACUGAUGAAGCCUGUGUCUGCAUGUGUGUUUUAGGGUACACACAGCCCACCCACUCUCCCUGCAACAAAUGGAAUUCCACACCUGCCCCGGUUCCUGGCUGACCCCCACCUGCCACCCUCUUCCUCUCUUUCUCCUCAGGGUGCCUUUGGGAGAUGCUACAAGUUCAUAGACACCUCCACCAACAAGGUCUAUGCCGUGAAGGUCGUGCCUCAGUCCCGGGUCUCCAGGCUGGACAACCGAGGGAAGGUGAGCCCAGAUAUGAUCAUGGGGUGGGGGAGCCCCUGCAAAUGAUUAUUGUAGUUGGUGCCAUCUUUAGCUGGGUGCCCCUGUGGGAGGAAGACCCUUCUUCCCUCUCUAAUGCCAUUAAGCACCCCACCUCCCUUUUUAAAAUUUGCUGCUAAAAACGGGUUCCUUCAUUUGCCCUCCUCCCUCCCCACCAUUUUUCCUUUCAUGCUAUGUCUUCUCGAUUGCAAGCAUCUUUUUUUUAGCUGGAGAGUAGGAUAAAAAUGGGAUGCGGGUGGCGCUGUGGCCUAGGACUUGCUGAUCAGAAGGUAGCGGUUCAAAUCCCCGCGAAGGGGUGAGCUCCCGUUGCUCGGUCCCUGUUCCUGCCAACCUAGCAGUUCGAAAGCACGUCAAAGUGCAAGUAGGUACCGCUCCGGCGGGAAGGUAAAUGCCGUUUCCGUGCGCUGCUCUGGUUUGCCAGAAGUGGCUUAGUCAUGCUGGCCACAGGACCCGGAAGCUACGCCGGCUCCCUCGGCCAGUAAAGCGAGAUGAGCGCUGCAACCCCAGAGUCGGCCACCACUGGACCUAAUGGUCAGGGGUCCCUUUACCUUUACCUUUAGGAUAAAAAUGCUUUAAGGAAGGCCCUUCCUCUCCUUUCUCAAUAUUGGGGGACACACACUUUUCUUUUCCUGACCCCUUUAUUCCCACCUAAAGGGUGGCGUUCCUCUGCACUUGAGCAUUUAAACAAGGCUUAAAAUCAUGCAAAGUAGAAGAAAGUGGGCAAAGGGAAGCUUUUCUUCCUCUCCUGACGCUGGAACUCAUGGGCAAAGCUGAAAUUCCAGUAGAUUAAAGAAGGCAGCACAGAGUUAAACAGUGGAACUCCCUCCCACAGGAGACACUGACGGCCACCAGCUUGGAUGGCUUUGAAAUGAGGAUUGGACAAAUUCAAGGAGGAGACGGUGGCUUUGGAUGGCUACCAGCCACAAUGGCUAUGCUCUGUCCUGACAGUCAGAGGCUUCCGAAUCCCAGUUGUUGGAAACUGCUGGAGGGGAGAGUUGCUCUUGUGCUCGGAUCCUGUUUGUAGGUUUCUCAUAAUGGUUGGCCACUCUGAGGUCAGAAUGCUGGGCAAAAUGGGCCAUUGACCUGAUCCAGCCGUCUCUUCUUACAUUCUGAUGGAACCUCCAGGUCCAGAGGCAGUCUAUCUCGAUUGCUUGGUUCUUAGGGGUAUUUGGUCACUAUGAGAAGAGAAGACUGGAAUCGAUGGGCCCCCUUUGAGUCUGAUCCAGCAGUUGAGCUCUUUUUAGUUUCUUAUGAUUCCUCAAUGGAGCCUCCAUGGACAAGCCAGCCUAUCUUAGAACGCUGGAGUGGGAGAAGGCUGCUGCUCUCAGGUCCUGCUAGUGAGUUUCCCUUUGGGGUGUCUGGUUGGCUCCUGUGAGGGCAGGAUGCUAGCUGCGAUGGGCCUGAUCUGUCUACUGCAGGGCUUUUCUCAAAUCUGAGAAAACCUAGCCAGGUGGGUGGGGUAUAAGUAAAAAAAUUAUUAUUAAUUGUUAUUAUCAUCUGUGAAGCAAAUGCAUCUGGGGGAUCUGAUCUGUGAUGGAUGUGUGACCCUGCCAUGACCCUGCCCCUCCUGAUCCCAGCGCAGCUCCGUGCCUCCACUUCCCCAUGACAUUUUACCCAGCCAGUGGCUUAGCGUGCCUUGCUGGUGUCCGGGGCACUGCCCACCUGUGCAGGGAGGAGUCCAGCCAGCUGACGUGGCCCAUGGCAGGCAAAUCCCCCCCAUGCCCGCAGAGAGGAGUGCUGCAGCAGGCCCUGCCAAGGCUGCCCCUUGUCUGCCUCCCUCUGUCCUCACCAUCCAAGAGCAAGUGCUGGCCAGGUGGCCCUUCGGCAAGGGGCCCGGGGACAUGGUGGCUGGCCCAGGCUGGGCUCCGGGCACUUUGGCAGACAGGGAAGAACAGGGAUUCCCUUGGAAGCCAGUGCCUGUUUUGCACCCCUCAAAAUUGUGUGCCCAGGGCCACGACCCCCCAGUCCCCACACUACACCCUUGCCAACCUGGGAUCAGAAGCUCCUUGGGGCAGGGAAUAUUGCAAAAAGCACCCAGUCGCAUAGGAUGUGAGCUAAGAGGCCGCCAGGCGCCAUGCAGCCAAAGGGAUGCUGCCCCAAAGAGCUUCCAGUCUAAGGUUCUGGAAAGUGGGGAGACUGCCAAAAUGGGGGGGGGGCGGGCAAAGGGCAACGGUCUCUAGCAGAGGCAGAGGCCGGCGCCUUCCUUUCUCAUUGCAGAUUCUCCAUUCGCUUUGCUCUCCUUUGUCCUUGGACGUCGUAAAUAUAUAUACUGUAGAUAUUGCUGAGUUUCUCGCUGACUCCAGCACCUGCACCCGUGGCUCCUCUCCUCUCUGCUGGCGCAAGGUGGGUGGGUGGGUGUCUCUGUUGGCGCUUUAGCAGGAACCUCGUGGUUUUCUCCCCCCACCCCCUGCAGGUCGAGCGCGAGAUCGAGCUGCACAGCCAGCUCAAGCACAGGAAUGUUGUCGGCUUCCACCGGCAUUUUGCUGACCAGGAGAACAUCUACAUGGUCCUGGAGUACUGCAGUCGGAAGGUGAGAAAAAGAGAGAGAAAGGGAGAGCCAGAGCAGAGAGGGAGCUGACGGGCUGGGCCCUCAAAGGGUUUCCUUCCUUCCUUCCGCCUGCAAUGGAAUACAGAAAGUUGUCCUGUUACCGGAAAAAUCCGAGGGCUCCCUUGGACAAAAUAAAGACACCAACCAGGAUAACUUGAAGCAAAACAGCAGCCUGUAGGCUUGGCCUUUAUUGAACUGUUGCAACAGGGUGUUCCCCUUACUUGCCAGAGAGAGGAAAGACCCAGAAAGAUGGUGUGCAAGACCUUAUAAAAACUUUUGAAAUUGCCACCCUGUAGAUGAAGACCACCCCCAGAAAUAUCAUGCAUACAUUACAGAAAGGAGGGGUUGAGGGAGGAGUUGUGGUGGUAACCUGAGUGUCCUGUCACCUGGCUGGUUCCUCCUUUCCCCCUCCCCAUGAGUCACUUCCAGGAGACAAAGGGGAGUUGGCAGUUUCCUGCCCCCAGAGGGAAGAUCUGAUCAUUGUCCUUUGUUUCAGUCCAUGCUGAAUCCACUCCCAUAUGCAAGUUCUUUGUGAUCUUGAUGGUCUUCUGUCUAGGACCAUCAGGGUUGGCAUAGCAACUGGGCAGGGCUCCUGUGGAUGUGCUGGGAUGGUGAAGGGAUUAUGGCUGACCAGAACCAAGCCACCCCCCUUUGAUAGUCCUUGUCAUAUGGAGUAAAAUAAAAAUGGAACAGUGCAAAUCCAAUGUAUGGUUGAUUUUUCUAUGAAUUUAUAACAGAAGUGUGGCAUAUGUAGUGUGUGAGUGUGAGUGUGUGAAGUUUGUACAAACUGAAUGAUUGGGGUGGGGGGUUCCUGCUACAGUCCAUAGAAUUGCAGGGUUGCAAUGCAGGAAUUGGAGUUCAAGAAUCCCUGGGGAAAAGUGACUCAGUUUACUCCAGUGUUUCUGACAAAUGCCCAGUCUGCUGAAGCUGGCCAUUGGAGCUUCUCGACAACACCACCCCUUGCUCUGAGGUCCAGCUCUGAGGGCCUUCUUGGUGGUGGCGCCCUCCCACCAGAUGUCAGGGAGAUAAAUAACUACUCAGUUGUUAGAAGACAUCUGAAGGCAGCCCUGUAUCAGGAUGUUUUUAAUGUUUGAUGUUUUAUAAUGUUUUCAUAUACUGCUGGAAGCUGCCCAGAGUGGCUGGGGAAACCCAGCCAGAUGGGCGCGGUAUAAAUCAUAAAAUUAUUAUUAUUAUUAUUAUUUGUUCAGAAGGUGCUAAGAAGUUGGCACCCUGAAGCUUUCUUUGCUGUUCUGACCCACCUGCCAUCUGCUAGAAGAGGCUUGCAGUUGCAUUGCUGCCUUGCAGCAGGUUGGACUAGAUGACCUUUGGAGUUCCUUCCAACUUUACACUUCUACAAUUCUUUGCUGGCCUGGCUAAAGCCACUCCCUCCCCAACAGAAUGUGGAGAGUCUGGCACCAGUAUUGUCCCCGGCUGCCCACCCCAUGCUUUCCCCGGCGCAAAACCAAACAGAGCUUCUCCCCCUUCAGUAAGGAAUUUCACCAGGGGCCCCAUCCUUUUCUGUCAUCUCAGGCCACGCUCUUUCACAUUGCACAAGCAUUGCACAAAAGGGCAGGCAAUUCAACAGAUGCAGCUGUCCCCAUAAGAUUUCUUUUUUUGGGGGGUGCAAUUCAGCCCCGAUGACCUGUGGGGAGCGGCACCCUUUGGGACCCUGGGAUUUGGAGUGAGGCUGCUAAAACCCUGAUGUUCUCUCUCUCCAGUCCCUGGCCCACAUCCUGAAAGCCCGCAAGACGCUGACGGAGCCUGAGGUCCGCUUCUACCUCAAGCAAGUCAUUGCUGGCCUCCAGUACCUCCACCAGCAAGGCAUCAUUCACCGGGACCUCAAGCUGAGUAGGUGUCUGGCGGCUGGGGGAGGGGGGCUCCAAUGGACCCGUGGUGGGUGUGCUGCGGUCGCACCCGUGAGACCUGUAUGGGGUGCUAGGGGAGGAGUCGUACCUCCAAUGGGGUACCACCAGCCUCCUAGCCCAUGCUCCACACCACUACCAGACAUCAGCUCCGCCCCAAUGGCUCAGAGCAACAACCACCGCCCCCCCCCCCACCAGUGCACAAUCUGUAGAUUUUUAAGGUUCAUGACAGGGUGUGUCAUUUUAGAGGACGAAACUUAAUUUUUGCAAAUUUGUUCAGUGAUGGGUCUUAGAAAUAUGCUUUGGGGCCUGAGGAAUUCUGCUGGGACAACAUUUUGUGAUGGGACAACAUUUAGCUUGGCAAGUUUGUUUGAUGAAGAGGCACCUAAAUGUCUUUUAGAAAACCAAAGAAUUUUAAUUUUGCCUUCUGAAAAUCUUAGGUAAUCAAUAACAACAACAAUCUAUAAUAAUCUAUAAUAUAACUGCAAGUACUUGGCAGUCAUUUUUAAUUAUUUCUAUGCAUUUUUAUGCACAUUUCGCUUACCAGGCGAAAUUAAACUAUAUUCACUUAAAUGAAACAUCUUUCAAAUCAUGUUGCAACUUUUUAGCACCUCUUGUUUUCGGAAUGUGAAAGCUGAGAAAUGCAUGGAAGGUGUGAAGGGUCCUUUCUCUGCCUUCAUCGCUGGGAGAGAUCUGCUCCCUGUUUCUGCACCAGAAGAGCCAAUUUGCUCUCACACCCGCCAGGCAAGGGAUGGGAUGCCGUUAUUGGCACUGCAGCGCAGGAAGAGUUAAUCACCCAGUGCCCCCAAUUCGCUCUCCGUCCUGGGACCCUCCUGGGCUUUGGAGAGGGGGUUAAAAAUAUACACAGCAGCCCAGGAUGACUCUGGUGGGGGCAGAGCGAAUGCCUGCAGGGUGACCUCAUGGCACUAUUGCCAGGGGCGGGAGGCUCUGAGUGCGAACGCUGAUCUGAUUUAGCCUGCAAGGGCAGAGCAAGGAUCUCUCUCACACACAUGCACAAGCGUCUCUGCAUCCUGAGCCUCCAGCCGACAUCGUGCAUUUGCAAAGAGCCCGAGGUCUUCCAGACAGCCUGCUUAUCAAGAAGUCGUGCUUUUGCAAAAUUUAUUUUUAUUAGCAAAUUUAACAAGGGAAAGGUGGGAGGGGAGAUGAAGACCUUUCCUGGCAGACCACAGCACCCAUCCUGGUUUGCUUCUGCAGAGGUCUGCAGGGCCUCCAGACCAGACUGUCACUAUUUGGAGGUAGGAUUCGGUCCCAUGCCCGCCAAUUGAGGUCACAGGCCAUUCUUGCACAAGGAAACCCAUUCUUUGAAAAAGUGAACUUGUUGUAACACACACUUCCCUUUUCCAGUCAUAGAAUUAUAGAUUUGUAGAGUUGGAAGGGACCCUGAGGGUCAUCCAGCCCAACCCACUGCAAUGCAGGAAUAUGCAGCUGUCCCUGACGGGGGUCGAACCUGCAACCUUGGCAUUGUCGGCACCAAGCUCUCACCAACGGAGCUCUCCAUAAUGUUAUUGUUUGUACCCCACCCAUCUGACUGGGUUGCCCCAGCUGCUCUGGGCAGCUUCCAGCAGAUAUAAAAACAUGCUAAAACCUCAAAGGUAAAAAAGGGCACCCACUGACCCCCCCAGUUGUUGCCCAAUGCAGCCUCCAAGUUUAUUCUUCAUUCUGUUCCUUCUGUUCUGAAAGGAGCGCACACAGCACAAACUUUGGCCCGCUUUGUCCUCACAAGAGCCCUGUGAGGCAGGCCAAGCUGAGAGACUGCCUGGCCUACAGGGAGUUCCAUGGCUGAGUGGCGAGAUCUGAACCCGGAUCUCCCAGGACCCCACUGGCUCUUCUCUGGGAGCAACUGUCCGGCACUUAGCGUGGGAAAAGAUGGGACUCUCUAUACCUCUGAACUCUUCAUGUGCUCAGGUAACUUCUUCAUCACGAAGACCAUGCAGGUGAAGAUUGGGGACCUGGGGCUGGCGACUCAUGAGGAGCAGGCUAACCGGAGGAGAGGGUGAGUAUUAUGGGGUGGCUGGGCAGAGAAAGGGAGCCUUGGAUUUCCUGGUGGGGUAAAGGCAGACAUUAAAGCCUUGGAGUUGCAAUAUUUAGUUAUUCCUUCCUUUGAUGCAUUUGCAUCCCACCUUUCUUAACUCCAAGGACUUCAGGGGACCCCAUGCCUGCUUCUCUCCCCUCCCUCCCCACUUGAUCCGCACAAUGGCCACUGGGUAGGCCAGACUGAGGGGCAGCAACUGGUCCCCAAGCUCAACCAGUCAGAUUCCUGCCUGAGGGGCAAGAGUUGAACACUGGCCUCUCCCAAGUCCUAGUCUGACACUUUUGUAGGUGUCCUCGGAAGGAAAACGUCUUGUUCCAAUGGGGAUUACUCAUGAGUGAUUCUGCAGCCUCUGUUUCUGAUGGGGCACAGAAGGAUCCCUAAUUUCUCGCAGGGCGGGGAGGAAAGCCAGCUUCCUUACACAGUGCUACCUCGGUUUAAGAACAGUCCUGUUUACGAAUGAUUCGGUUUACGAACUCCGCAAAACCGGAAGUAGUGUCCCAGUUUGCAAACUUUACCUUGGUCUCAGAACAGAAUCCAGACGGUGGAAGGACACUGGCACGGGAGGCCUCAUUAUAGAAAGCGCGCCUGAGUUUAAGAACGGUUUCGGUUUAAGAACAAACUUCCGGAACGGAUUAAGUGCAUAAACCGAGGUACCACCUGGAUCCAUCAGCUUUCCAGAGCAAGCUCUGCCCAGACCUCCAUGGAGGAGGAGGAGUCUGCAGCAAAUCUGAUCCAGUUUUUCAUCUGGUUGUGGGUUCAAAUCUCCCACCUUCUUGCUGAUAGAAGCCUCAUAGGCUGCAGCCCAGGGGCAGAGCAGCUGCUAGGCAUGCAGAAGGUGGCAGGGUCCACAGCAGGGGUGACUGAGAGAGAUGGCUGAGUCUGAAACCCUGGACAGUCGUUGCUGCCGGUCAGCGCUGGGAUAGAUGGAGCAAUGGCUGGACUCGGUAUAAGGAAAAUUCCUCUAUUCCUGUUUAAUUCAGAAUGAUGCGGACUAGAGCACCUGUCCUGCACGCAGAAGGGAAGCCUGGCUUCCUCAGUGUUGCUGUUGCUUUCCUCCUUCCCUAAAGGGCCUUUCCUCUCCCCACAGAGUGGUCUGUGGGACCCCCAAUUACCUGGCUCCUGAAGUCAUUGCCAAAAAGGGGCACUCGUUCAAGUCGGAUGUCUGGGCCCUUGGCUGCAUCAUGUAAGUAACUCUGGUGGAAAGGAAUAAUAGAAUUGCAGAAUUGCAGACUUAGAAGGGACCUCCCAGGGUCAUCUAGUCCAGCCCUCUGCAAUGCAGGAAUCUUUCGCUCAUGGUGGGGCUCGAACCCACGACCCUGGCAUUCAGUCUCUUGCUCUACCAACUGAGUUAUCCUACAUGCCUCUAGGUCUGUUUUUGCUUUUUUGCCAGUCAUUCUCUAUGUUUUAUGCAGAAAAUGAAAUAAAGGAUCUAUGGGGUCCCCUCCUUGGCUCUCUGGCUGACCCACUGCUUCUUUUUCCUCACCCCCUCCCCCAGGUACACGGCCCUCACGGGCUGCUCCCCCUUUGAGAUCACCCACAAGCAGGAGAUGUACCGCUGCAUCCGGGAAGGGCGCUACCCCACCCCCAGCCGCCUCUCACCCAGUGCCAGGGACCUCAUUGGGAAGCUGCUGGCCCCCGAUCCUGAAGCACGGCCCACCCUGGAAGAAACCCUCGCCCACCAGUUUUUCACCCAGGUGGGUGCCCAGGGGCAAAGCAGCUCCCAGACGCAGUGGCUCUGCAGGGUCUCUGACUUGGGAUCUCUUCCAGCAGGCUGGGCAGAGGAACAUGAGCUAAGAUCCCAGUUCUCAUGAGGCCGUGGGAAACUAGCUUGCAACCAGGGAGAAUGCCCAGACCCUGACUGGCAGAGUCUUAGGCUCUACCCCCAUGCUGCAGUUCAAAGUUGGAGUUAACUGUUUGCUAGCAAAACCACCAUCUGCACAGACUUGGCCUAGUGAGUAGAGCAGCUCCUUCCUGGUGGUCUCGCUGCAUGAAAGUCAGUUGCUGAGAUGGAAGCUCCCUGCCUCCUCUCCAGGGUCUUUCCCAAGCAAUCAGAGACUAAGCCAAACUCUGCUCCACCCUUUUCAUGCCUCUCCUGGUCCUGGGAGACCAGCGGGGAGGGGAGCUUCUUGCAGCAGGAGGGGGAGACCCCCAUGGCUCUUCCCCUCUCUGCCUCUUGGUCUCCCUCCUCUCCUGCUUCAGCUCCUGCCUCUGAGUCUGGACUUCUCUCUGCCACAGACUCUCCCCGCUCACUAAGACCUGUCACUUCUUCAGCUUUCAACACCUCCUCCUCCCCGUCUUCUCCCUCUGACCCUUCAUUGCCAUCCCACCACCCCUCUCCGAGCUCUGAGCCUUCUUCCUGUGUGGAAAGAAGAAAAGGAAAAGAGGGAAAGGGAAAAAGAAGGGGAAAGGGAAAAGGGAAAGGGCCCCAUUUCCAAUCCAGGUCGACAUUUCUCACCCACAAGCGACUCUGCUUUCGCCUUGAGCAGCCGGGAUGUUCUCCCGCAUUCUGCUGCUUCCUCGUUUUGCAAGCGUGGCUUGGGAGCGUGAAGGGACUCAUCCUGCUCUCUCUCUCGCCAGGGCUUCACCCCGACCCAGCUGCCUUCCCGCGCCUGUCAUUCUGCCCCGCUCUUCGUGCUUCCCAACCCACUGAGGAAGUUCUUCCAGAAAGCAGCGAAGGUUUUCCUGCGUGGCUCCCUGUGCCAGGAGACCCGGACAGGUGAGCCUUCGCUUGCGAGGGGUGGGGUGAGGAGACCACCAGGAACUCCCCCCCAAAUGGGAGACCAUCCUCCACAGUCUAGCAGAGAGGGGACAGUGCUCUCCACGUACUCAGAGGCAACCUCGCUUUUCAAUGGAGCCCUGGGUAAGAGGCAAUGUAACAGUAGAACCGCUGGAUCAGGCCCAAGGGGGCCCCUCUAGUCCAGCGUCCUGUCCCCACAGUAGCCAAAUUCCCUAAAAAUCUAGGAAUCAUGAUAGACUGCCUCUAGACCUGGAGGUUCUCUCAGAAGAGCCAUGGCUGUCUCCUGGGGCAGCAAGUUCCACAGUUUAAUGACGCACUGUUUGAAGAAGGGGACAGCGCUCUCCACAGGCUCAGAGGCAACCUUGCUUUCCUCGAUUAAUCCUUCAGUCCCACGUAAGGGGAGGGUCAGGUGCCAUGCAAAAGGGCAUGAACGUGUGCGCCCCAAUUUUGAAACAAAUUGAAAUGCAAAAUCUAUUUCGGUUUUAAAUUGGCAUUACUGGGCAUGACCCCACCCUCUUUCCCCUGCACGGCUGAGCCAUCAGGGAGUGAGCCCCGCCAAAGGCUGCGAAUCUAAUGGGGCCCCUCUUCUGCCUCUCCCCCAGUGAGCCCCCCACCCCAGGAGGCAGAAGGGAUGCCACCACUUGGGAUGCCUGCCGAGACCCCCAGCCUGGUAAGAAAUGGCUCUGUGUGUGUCAAUCAAUCCGGGUCAGACUUUGGUAGUCUUGGGUAAUAGGGCACCCUGAGUGAGGCCAAAAUCUGGUGCCCCCAAAUGGAUCUUCUUGGCGUCCUUGUGCAUGGUAACUGCCCAUAUCACGGAGACUGAUCAACUGAUGGAUUGAUUUGUGAGACUGAGCAGCCAGGAAGUCCCUGGCUAGAAUCUCACUGGACUUACAUGACUGGCUGGAGGCAAGACCAGGGUGCCCAGCCUCUGUUGUUCCUUCUGCAGUAAGGGGAGAGCAACUACGGCCGCCAAGGUGAGUGAGAACAUGCCCCACCCGGGGGGGGGGGAGCAGGACAAAGGCGGCAUCCGUAAAUAGUCUGGAAAAUCAUUUGAUCUGAAAAACCAGAAAUGGAACAUAAUGAAAUUAUAGCUCCGUUGGUUGGAGCAUGGGACAGAUAACUCCAAGGCUACAGGUGCAAGCCCCCAUAUUCCUUCAUUGCCGGGGGUUGGAUUAGAUGGCCCUUGGGGACCCCCUUCCAACUUUACUAUGAUUCCUUGAGGAAAGGUAGACUAUGAAUGCGAUGAACACAAGCACACCGCAGAUACAGAUCUGGUGAUUCAAAAUGGCGCCUAGUGAUGUCCAGGCGCAAACAAUCUCUGAAGUUCCUAGGGGAGUGGCCCACCCUCUUCCCUCCCAGAUGUCCUCAGUGGGGGCUGCAGGGGGGCUUCCCAGUCCACCCUGUUCUGUGGGCUUUACGGGCUGCUUCUUUCUUCUUGUCCUCUGCAAGGAAGUGGAAGAGGACAGCCAGAAUGCCACUGAGGACACAGCCACCUUCCCCGUCUGCUUCCUCAUGAGGGGCUCCUUGAAUGUCAGCCGGGAGGCAGGUGAGUGGCACCACAGAGGCCAAGAACUGGGGUGCUUGCGGCUGAGAGUCUGGGGGAUCUCCUGAUUGGGCCGAGCAGGAGUGAAGCAGCUCCUUUUCCCAGCCUGAGGGCCGCUUGCCAGAGACCCAAACAGACAGGAUGACAGGAGGCUGUCCUCUGUUUCUGCAUUGCAGGGGGUUGGGCUGGAUGACCCCUGGAGUCCCCUUCCAGUUCUACCAUUCUGUGGUUCCAGGGGUUAUCAGAGCUGAAAGAUGCAGAAAAAUUGGGCCACAGAGCCAGAGGGAGGUGUGAGCUGGGAAGAAGCGGGUAGCCUGGGGAGGCUUGUGGGGGUCAGUGACAAAGGCAACCCCAAACUCAGCACCCUCCUUCUGUGGUGCUCUGGGGUGGCUCCAAGAGGCCUCCAGAAAGGGAGCUGCAACAUUUGAACCCCCAAACCUCUAAUUUGGAAUUUGGGGCAGGAAGGGAGGAGAAGAGGGGUGGGGCUGGGACGCACCUCCAUAUCCAGGCCCAGCCCAGCUCAGGACAAGGCUGCAGCAGCUUCCCAUCUCGGCUGUCCCGUGUAGGAAUGAGCUAAGCGCUCAGGAAAUGGGGGGCCAGGAACCUGCAGGGUUUGGAAGGCUGUGGGGGGCAGAGAUGCGGGUGGAGAGUCUGCCCCCAGCGCCCGCUGCUUCUCACUCCAUCUCUGUCUCUCCUCCAGCCGAUGCCGAGAGGAGCAUGAUGGCCAAAGUGGAUGAAGUUCUGCGGACCUGCCUGAAGACCAUCCCCCUGGGUGAGGCUCCCUAUUGUUUGCAUGCCCAGGCCCAGGAACUGGCUGCGUUCUGACCUCCCACCCCCUGUCCCUGGAAGGGACUGUCUCUGCCCAACUUAAAUGGCCACCUUUGGGGUCACCCUCAUGUCAUCACACAGCCUGGAAAUGUCUGCGCAGCACCUUGGAGGAGUGAGAAACUGGACCUCUUGGAAAGGAAGGUUGAGGGUCCCAUCUUCAGAUUUCAUUUCUUCCAGAUUUUGGGGGGGGGUGUCAGUAAAGGAGCCCCUUAUUAUUCUGACCUGGGAGAGCUCAGUUGGUAGAGCUCGAGACUCUUAAUCUCAGGGUCGUGGGUUCGAGCCCCACGUUGGGCGAAAGAUUCCUGCAUAGCAGCGGGUUGGGCUGGAUGUCCCUCGGGGUCCCUUCCGACUCUGCCAUUAUUGGAUUCAGAUCAGAAGCAGCAGCAGUGCAGCAGAAUUCUUGUUAUUUAAAUUUGUAUCCUGCCCUUCAUCUGCAGAUCUCAGGGUGGUCAGCUAUGUUAAAUUACAAUAUAAUAACCACGGAAUACAUAACAAAAUAAGCACAGGAAAGAACUAUUUUCCCCUCGAACAACACAUCAGAAGGGUCCCCUGAGGGUCAUGUAGUCAAACCCCCUGCAAGGGAAGAAUCUCAACUUGCAUCCCCUCCACCCAAUUUGAAACCACAGCAGACCCUGCUUAGCUUUGCAAAUAGGCUGGAAGGUUUGUUUGUUUUUUGCUGCACCCCUAGGAGGCUAUAAAGUACAGACCCGAUUUUAGAAAAUGCAGGGAGGGAGAUAAAACCUAAAGGAGGUUUUUUGGGGGGGGGUGAGCUCCUCCCCCCCCCUCCUGCCCGAACGUUUCCUUCCUGCCUUCUCUGCAGCGGAAGAGGAUCCCGAGGGGCCCCCAAGGGCUGGACCCGUCCAGAUGGUCACCAAGUGGGUCGACUACUCCAACAAGUACGGCUUCAGCUACCUGCUCUCGGACGGCUCCACCGGAGUGCUCCUGGCUGAUGGGACCCACAUCGCGCUUUGCCCGCAACGCCAGUGAGUGCCGCCCCACCCUGUUUCCUGCUCUCUCAGUGAGCGCAGAAGGGGCUGAGGAGGGCAGAGGAAAAGAAGCUGGCUUGAGCUGCCUGCUGGUUUCUUAAAAAUCUCUCCUCCCUGCACCCCCCCCCCCAGGCGCGUCUGCUACUGCCCCGAGCUCCACGAGGCCUCAUCCUUCCCGCGGAGAGACGUGCCGCCUUCGCUGACCAUGAAAAUGGGGGUUCUCCACUUCUUCAGCCGGUACAUGCAGCAGCGACUCCUGGAGGUGAGCAGAGCAGGAUGGGAGGCGAGCAGCCAGGAGACGAGAGCUGGUGCCCCCCUGAACCCCAGUGCUUUUUAAAUUGUAUCCAAUGUAAAAUAAACUGCUGUAGAGUUGGAAGGGACCCAUAAUUUCAGGGUUGUGGGUUCAAGCCUCAUUUGCCAAAAGAUUCCUGCCUGGCAGGGGGUUGGGCUACAUGACCCUCAGGGGACCUUCCAUCUCUUCUUGUUGUUGUUUAGUCAUUUGGUCGUGUCCGCCUCUUCGUGACCCCCUGGACCAGAGCACACCAGGCGCUCCUGCCUUCCACUGCCUCCCUCAUUCUGGUAGCUUCGAGAACACUGUCCCACCAUCUCGUCCUCUGUCGUCCCCUUCUCCUUGUGCCCUCCAUCUUUCCCAACAUCAGGGUCUUUUCCAGGGAGUCUUCUCUUCUCAUGAGGUGGCCAAAGUAUUGGAGCCUCAGCUUCAGGAUCUGUCCUUCCAGUGAGCACUCAGGGCUGAUUUCCUUCAGAACAGAGAGGUUUGAUCUUUUUGCAGCCCAUGGGACUCUCAAGAGUCUCCUCCAGCACCAGAAUUCCAAAGCAUCCAUUCUUCGGCGAUCAGCCUUUUUUUUGGUCCAGCUCUCACUUCCAUACAUCACUACUGGGAAAACCAUAGCUUUAACUUCCAUCUCUGCCAUUCUACAAUUUCCCCUCCUCCUUCCCCAGGGGGGUCACCAGCAGGCAAGUCCCACCACCUCGCUGGACAACCUCUGCCUCCUGCACUUUGCAAAGUCCCAGGAGGCACUUUUGAUGCUCUUCAGCGACGGGACCCUGCAGGUAAGAGUCACCUGGGUGGGGUGGGGUGUCUCCAUCUUACGGUUUUUCUUUCCCACCAAGUUGUUUCUACAUAUCCCUCACUUCCUCCCCUUUCUGCCCCCCAUUCCCAGGUCAACUUCUACCACGACCGCACCAAGCUUGUGCUGAGCCCCACGUCAGCUGGGGGGUACCUCCUGACUUUUGUGGACCGGCAGCGCCAGAGCAGGACCUUCCCGCUGGAGACGCUGGUCCUGCGAGGUUGGACGAUCCCCUUGCGAGAGCGCCUCAGCUAUGCCCUGAGCAUGCUGCACUGCCUGUAGCAGAGCCCUCCCAGCACCCCCCUUUCCCUGAGCCCACUUACACUCGCUGCCCUGUCACUCACCGGCUGCUGGCCAGAUCCUGCUCUGCCCCCCCCAUGUGCGGUUGGGGCCAGGUGGUGGUGGUGGGGGCUCUGUGCAAGGGUUGGAACUCCAGGCAGGAUCCUUGUGUCUUGUAAGGAGCAGCCUAGGAGCAAGCAGGUGAUGAGGGCAGGAUGAAGCCUGAGGCAGCGGAGACGGCAGAUUGGGUUGCGGGUUCGAAUCUCAUGUUGGGUGGGAUAUUCCUGCAUUGCAGGGCGUUGGGCUGGAUGACUCUUGGGGUCCCUUCCAACUCUAGAAAUCUAUGAGGAUAAUAAGCAAGUGGUACAGAAAGGGGGCAGUUGUGGGUCCAGGCAGCUGUCGGUCCCGGUGGGGUUGGACAGCCAGUGGUUGGGGGCGAGGGGGUUUGGGGUUGGGGUGGGGCUUCCUACACAUUGCCAUGCUGGUUGUGGAGGCUGGAGGGUGGUGGUUCUGCGGAGCUGGUGAGGAGGAAAAAGUAAGGGGACCCCCAAGACGAGGGAAGGGAAGGAGGGUCUCUGGUGGCUGGAGGGUUUUGAUCUGUGGGGUGCAAGCUGACUAUGGGAGAAAUGGGGGGGGGGGUUUAGUGGGCAGAGCAGGAUUCUUGCCCAUGGCCGACCUCAGGCAAGCAGCGGUGAUGACGACUGCGGCGAGUGCUAAGCUGUUCCCUGUCCUGAUACAGCAGCUCCCUCCCAAAUUCCUGUUUUUAAUUAAAGCAAUGUGACUCAGAC